AUGCCGCGUGUAUAUAAACCCGAUCCUACAAGGAAAAGGUAUAAAAAAUAUAGCAUAGAAAUCAUAAAAAAAGCUGUGGAAGAGUAUGCAUCUUCUCGGAAUUUAAAACUAGAAGAUGUUGCAAAAAAAUAUGGCAUUCACAAAUCGGUGUUGUAUCGCCACAGUACCCGGGAUAUGAAGCAACAUGGAGGCCAAAGAGCUUUAUCCGACGAAACAGAAAUGUUGUUAAUAGAGAACAUCAAUAAAUGCGCAGAAUGGGGUUAUCCCUUAGAUACAUUGGAUCUUAGGUACAUAGUCAAGAUGUAUCUUGAUAAGAUAGGCAUAAUCCAUAAGAGAUUCAAGGACAAUUUUCCAGGACCUGAUUUUGUGCAGAGCUUUUUAUUAAGACACAAAAAUGAGAUUUCGCAAAGAGUUUGUGAAAAUAUCAAGCGUGUGAGAGCUAAGGUGUCUCCAGAUACGAUUAAAGAAUAUUUUAUCGAACUUGCGAAGUCUUUAAAUGGAGUACCUGCUUCUAACAUAUUAAACUACGAUGAAACGAAUUUAACGGACGACCCCGGGCGGAAGAAAAUAUUAAUCAAGCGGGGAUGCAAGUACCCUGAAAGGGUUCUGAACCAUACCAAGGCUUCCGUGUCUAUUAUGAUGGCUGGUACCGCAGAUGGCAAAAUGUUACCACCAUAUUAUGUGGUAUAUAAAGCAACUCAUUUAUAUGAUUCUUGGAUUCAACAUGGCCCAGAAGGUACUCGAUAUGACAGGUCGACAUCUGGAUGGUUUGAUGGAACCACUUUUGAGGAUUGGGUGCAAAAUAUGGUCGUGCCAUAUUUUAAGGAUUUACCAGGCAGAAAGUGCUUAAUUGGAGACAAUUUGUCUUCACAUUUAUCAGCCUUGAUCCAAAUAUGUAAAACGCAUAACAUCGAUUUUGUGUUUUUACCAGCCAACUCAACUCACCUGACGCAACCACUGGACGUAGCAUUUUUUCGUCCCAUGAAGCGUGCCUCGAGGCAAUUAAUAUUAAAAUGGAAAAAGACAGAUGGUCGACAAUUACCCACAAUUCCAAAAGGUUGUUUUCCAAAACUAUUAAAAUUGUUAAUUGAUGAACUUCAAAUCAAUGCUUCAAAGAAUAUCAUUGCUGGAUUUAAGAAAACAGGAAUUAGCCCUUUAAAUGAACAUGAAAUAUUAGCCAGACUUCCCGGUGAAGACUUAGAUGAAAACCAUGAAAGUGCUGUAGAAGAUUCUGUUGUGACACUCCUCAAAGAAAUGAGAUAUGGUUCUAUGAAUAUUGUAGAGCCAAGAAGAAAGAGAAAACUCAAUGUACUCCCAGGUAAAAGUGUCGCUCCAGAGGAAAUCGAAGAUUAUGCAGAAACCGAUGUUGAUACUAGUAUGGCAAAU